CUUUAGUUCUUCCCCAACAUCAAAAGUAUGCAUGUAAGGUCUCAAACUUUUUACGACCUAAUUUCCAGUAGCUUAUUCGGUCUGCAUAUUUCGCGAUAAUGACCAUAAGAAAUAUUAUAAAAUGUGAUAGACCUGUCACUACCCAACAGGCUUUGUAAUAGUUAUUGAUGCAACGCGGGCUCUCAUUCUUUCUCCAAAGAUUUGCACUGUAGCCUGAAUCAUACUUUACAAGGCGCUUUGGCGAGCUUAGGUAAUCGGGCCCAAUGCAUCUGUGUGUCCAUGAAGUUAAGACACUUACAUCACUUACAAUCUCACAUAGUGUUGAGAGAUAAGCCACUUGCCGCCCUUCAUUUUCCACUUCUUCUGUAGUAGCAGUAUCCUAUUCAUACGACAAUAGCUGUGAAAGUGUGCCCGUGAUGGGGUUCUUAGAUAAAUUUAGCGGCUUCGUAGUGGGCGGUUUCGAAAGCUUCUUUUAUUGGUAUGGCAAGAAAGUGUCCACAUACCCUUGGUACUUCAUCUUAGGCUGUCUCUUGGGUUCUGGAUUAUGUGGUAUAGGUUUGAUCUCGUUCUCAGAGGAAACCAACGCUUUCAAAUUGUGGGUGCCGUCUAAUUCGGAUUUUGUCCGCAACAAUGAAUGGCUCCAAAGGAAUUUCCCGCCAGACACGCGUUUCAACAAUAUCUUGAUAACAGCUCCCAAUGUAUUGACCCCAGAGGUGUUACUCCAGAUGUUUCGCAUUCACGAAGCUGUUGCCCAAGUGGAUUUGCAGGAUGGUAAAUCUUGGUCUGACAUUUGUAAAAAGAUCCCCAUAGUGGAGUUUGAUUUCUCUUCAAAGACCAAGGGAAAAGGGACUUCUUCGCCUUGCAACGAUCCGUUUUCCGAUCAAUACGAUCCAAGUAUUUGUUUAGACUCGGAGCUCUAUUGCCAGAUCGUGAACCAAUCUCUUACUUUGGGAUGUCUGGAAACCAGUGUCUUGGAGCUUUUUGGCUACAAUGAAACCACCUAUCUUGCCUUAACCGAAGAGAAAAUCCUUCAAAAGGUCCGGGCAGAGCUGCCCAUAAGUACCACACUGAAUCGACCACUGGAUUUGACUGAAUUGCUGAGCUUGGUCCGGGAUGAACAAGGUCAAGUGAUUGGGGCGAAGGCCGCUACCAUGACUUGGCUCGGCCAAGUGGAUAUUGACAACUUGGAUGGUUCCACGUCCGACACUGGAACCGGUCUGCCAGUUGAUCAACUGUCUUUGGAUUUUGAAAAUGCCGUUUUUGACAUCUUUGAAGACGCACGUGCCAAUCUGACUGAGCUAGGAGGAGAUUUAUUCAUCAAUAUAGCUAAAGGAUAUGACGAUAUUGCGGCUGAUACGAUCGUCGGUGAUGCAUUCAUGAUGCCCGUCGGAUUUACCAUUGUCUUCAUUUACGUCAUGAUCAUGUUAGGAGGAUUUACUUGUGUGGAAACGAGGGCUCUUCUAUCGUUGGUAGGGUGUGCCUCCAUUGGACUGACAAUCCUGGUCACUUACGGCCUUUGUUCGGCCUUCGGAUUAUUCUAUGGGCCCAUGCAUAAUGUGAUUCCGUUCCUCAUGUUGGGCAUCGGUAUUGACGACAUGUUUGUGAUUAUGCAAUGCUUUGACAAUCUCAAACCAUCCGAAGUGGAUUUCAGCGAUCCCGUAAAAAUGAUUGGAUUGACCAUGAAGCAUGCAGGCGUGGCAAUCACCGUCACAUCUCUGACCGAUUUCUUGGUCUUCAUUGUAGGUUCUUCAACGUCCUUGCCAGCCUUGCGCUCGUUUUGUUUAUACUGCGGUGUCGGGAUUAUCGCUGUCUAUUUCUUUCAAGCCACAUUUUUUGUGGCUGCUCUAACGCUCGACUUAAGGAGAAUUGAGCAAGGUCGAAAUGGAUUGUGCUUCUGCUUCAAACACAAAAGUUUCAUUUUUGAAGAGAACAAAAAGGAUCCAAUCUCUCAAAGGAUUUUUGGUUUCAUCGGGCGAGCCAUUACUAUCCCGGUUGUCAAAGUGAUCAUUGGGGUCGUCACAUUAGCCUUACUAGGCGUUGGCAUCUGGGGCACGGUGGAAUUGCAAGUUCGCUUUGAAUCGGUCUGGUUUCUGCCUCCAGAUUCUUACUUAAGAAAAUGGUUCGAUUCGAGAAUCGAGUUCUUUCCGUCCGAUGGUGAACUGGUCACCGUUUACAUGACGGAGCUCAACUAUCCCCAAGAAUUGGAUCAGAUUGAUGCCUUGGCUCAAAGUUUGGCGCUAUCAACGGAUAUCGUCCGCAGCACCAAUGCCUGGUUCCCUGAUUAUGCGGAAUACGUCAAUCACCACAUCGGAUUCGGUGAUGACGGAUUGGGGAUCCCGGGUGAGGUGUUGACCCCGGAAAAUUUCAACAAUUUCACAUCCCAGUUUCUCACCAGUCCCUUGGGUUCUCGAUGGCAACCCAAUUUCCAUCCAGUAGAGGAACUCGUUUGCGGUUCGCCCCUCACCCCGCUAAAAAUGGUUACCUUCAGUUUUACGCACAAGCGAUUCGAGGCCACUGGCGAAAAAAUUCAAGCCAUGGCCAAAGUGAAGGAAUUGAUCAGCGAUCAACAGUUCUCCUCCAACGUUUUUGCCAUGACCAUGGAAUACUCCAAUUGGGAGACCGAUCAAGUCAUCGAGUCUGAGUUGUAUCGUAAUCUGGGCGUUUCCAUGCUUUGCAUCUUUGUCACCACCCUCAUACUCCUUGCCAAUAUUCAAGCUAGCAUUCUCGUCAUGCUAUGCGUGGUCAUGACUUUGGUUGAUGUCUUAGGCUUUAUGCACUUCUGGGGACUCACCAUCGACGUGGUAUCGAGCAUCAUCGUGAUUAUAUCGAUUGGCCUAUGCGUAGAUUAUUCGGCCCACAUCGCCCACACAUUCAUGACUGUGAAAGGGGAUCGGAACGAACGAGCCGUGCACACCCUCCACGACAUUGGAGCCGCAGUUCUCAAUGGGGGCAUCAGCACGUUCAUUGCUCUGAUCCUCCUCGUAGCCUCGGAUUCACACGUUUUUAGCUCAUUCUUUCGGAUAUUUUUACUGGUGGUUCUUUUUGGAUUGUUUCAUGGUUUGAUAUUCCUACCCAUUCUUCUCAGUUUGAUCGGACCCAAGCCGUAUUCACAUUACGAGGAAAAGGAGAAGAAGUCUCUUUAUGAAGCAAAUGACUCAAAAGAGCCAGUCAAUCACGUGGUCGAAAAGUAUUGAUGGUUUUACAUUGUCAGAAUAUAGUAUGCAAACCACUCGUCUUGCAAAA